GCUGCACCAAGAUGGAAGUGUGAGUGCUUGUGGGAAGGGAAGCUAUGGCCGCCUUGGUCUAGGAGACUCAAACAACCAGACCAUGCCCAGAAAGUUGACUUUCGACCCACCUGCAGUCAUCAAAAAAGUUUCAUCAUCAAAGGGCUCUGAUGGUCAUACACUGGCACUCACAUUGGAAGGAGAGCUGUUUAGCUGGGGGGAUGGUUAG